CACACACAGACCAGGCCUCUAACCACUCCCUGGGAGCCUGCGUGCCAGCAGCCUGGAACUCAGAGCCUCUCCUGGAGCCUGCACAAUCCAUCCAGACUGAAGCCGAUGUCUUCUAGAGAGACGGAAGUGCAAUCCAGCCAGGGCGCAGCAGAAUUUUGAGAGGCCCGAAUGCCUCCGCGUCCACCAGGGGACCGCUGGGACUAAUUCUCUUGGCAAACUUGUGGCCAGCCAAAACUGCCAUGCUUCACAUCCCUGUUAUCCUUGGUUACCGUCCAAGAUUGGCUUACAGAAGAGAUGAAAUGUGGUCUGAGGGACGAUAUGACUAUGAAAGACCUCCAAGAGAAAGAGUACCUCCUCGAAGUCACCCCAGUGAUGGCUACCAUAGAGUAGUUAAUAUUGUGCCAAAGAAACCACCACUGCUAGACAGACCUGGUGAAGGAAGCUACAGUAGAUAUUACAGUCAUGUUGAUUACCGAGAAUAUGACGAGGGCCGCAGUUUUUCUCAUGAUCGAAGAAGUGGUCCACCUCACAGAGGAGAUGAAUCUGGCUAUAGGUGGACAAGAGAUGAUCAUUCUGCAAGCCGACAGCCUGAAUACAGGGACAUGAGAGACGGCUUUAGAAGAAAAAGUUUCUACUCUUCCCAUUAUGUGAGAGACCGGUCUCCUCAUAAAAGAGACACUCCUUUUUUCAGAGAAUCACCUGCAGGCCGAAAGGAUUCUCCACACAGCAGAUCUGGCUCCAGUGUCAGCAGUAGAAGUUACUCCCCAGAAAGAAGCAAAACUUACUCUUUCCAUCAGUCUCAACAUAGAAAGUCCGUGCGUGCUGGUGCCUCCUACAAACGGCAGAAUGAAGGAAAGCCAGAAAGAGGUAAAGAAAGACCUGUUCAGUCUUUGAAAACAUCAAGAGACACUUCACCCUCAAGUUCUUCAGCAGUUCCUUCAUCAAAGGUGUUAGACAAACCCAGUAGGCUAACGGAAAAGGAACUUGCUGAGGCUGCAAGCAAGUGGGCCGCUGAAAAGCUAGAGAAGGCAGAUGAAAGUAACUUACCUGAAAUUUCUGAGUAUGAGGCGGGAUCCACGGCACCAUUGUUCAUUGACCAGCCAGAAGAACCUGAGCCAAAUGCAACAGAUGGCAUAGAAUUAUUCGAAGACAGUCAGCUAACCAGUCGCUCUAAAGCAAUAGCUUCAAAAACCAAAGAGAUUGAACAGGUUUACCGACAAGACUGUGAAACUUUUGGGAUGGUUGUGAAAAUGCUGAUUGAAAAAGAUCCUUCAUUAGAAAAGUCUAUACAGUUUGCAUUGAGACAGAAUUUACAUGAAAUAGGUGAGCGGUGUGUUGAAGAACUCAAGCAUUUUAUUGCAGAGUAUGAUACCUCUAGUCAAGAUUUUGGAGAGCCUUUUUAGAUUACUUGCUCAGGCAAAAAAAAAAAAGUUUCUAGAUUUUUUUCCCCCUGGAUUGUGUAAAUCCUUAAUAUAUGGAAUUUUUGUGAUGAAGAGAAAUACUUUAUGAUAGUGACCAUAUUUCCAGUAUCAAAUAAACAUCUAAAAUAGUCGAAGAUAUUUUAAUUCGAAUUUUUUUAAUCUACAUGUAGAGCUUCCUAAUCCAUACUUAUCUUUUUUUCCCUCCUAAAAUGAUGGUCAGUUAAUUUUUUAAGCUUUCUUGAAAAUGCAGUCCUGGAGAGCAGCUUUCUGUACUUACUCAUGUCCUGUAGUCUUCCUUAGUAUGCGAUCAUUUGUUUGGUCAGACUAAUGUACUGUAUAGGUUAGAGAUCAUUCCACUUAAACAUUUAUAGUCUUUUUGCAUUUCAUAGUCAGUGAUACCAUGUGAAGAUGUUAGAAUCCUGAGGUGAUUUUUAUUGACUUGUUGCUUGCUUAUCUUAGGCUUUGUAACUUUUAAUAUGUUUAAGUAUAUUACCCAAAUAAAUUGAAUACUUUGUUAUCUUAGAGAAUAUUUGCUUUGAGGAUAACUCUCAUUGUGAUAAAACAGAGCACUUAAAUCUCUAAAAUAAUAAAAUCCUGUUUUCCAAGUAAAUGAACUGUCUUCUAUUAAAAUGGUCCUGAAACUCCUGA